UGACAUCAUCUGAGACAAACAGGAAACAGUUUCUUACUGUUCAGUUCUCAGUGAGAAGAGACUCACCGACAGACAGACGCUUGACUCAGAGACAAAAUGGCUUCCAGAUUAGAUGAAGAUCUCUGCUGUCCGGUCUGUCAUGAAGUGUUUUGGGAUCCUGUUACUCUGUCAUGUAGCCACAGCUUCUGUAAAGACUGUCUGAAGAGCUGGUGGAGAAAGAAACAAACACAGGAGUGUCCAGUUUGUAACAGAAGAUCUUCAAGGUCAGAUCCACCUGUUAGUCUGGUGUUAAAGAACCUGUGUGAUUCCUUCUUACUGGAGAGAGAUCAGAGAGCUUCAGAGGCUUUCUGCAGUCUGCACUCUGAGAAACUCAAACUCUUCUGUCUGGACCAUCAGCAGCCAGUGUGUGUCGUCUGCAGAGCUUCAAAGAAACACACCAACCAUAGAUUCAGACCCAUCAAUGAAGCUGCUCAAAAACACAAGAAGAAACUUCAGGAAACUCUGAAGCCCUUAAAGGAGAAGUUAAAGGUUUUUAAAGAAGUUAAAGUGAAGUUUGAUCAAACAGCAGAACACAUGAAGGUCCAGGCCCGACGCACAGAGAGGCAGAUUCAGGAUCUGUUUAAGAAGCUCCACCAGUUUCUAGAGGAGGAAGAGGAGGCCAGGAUGGCUGCACUGAGGGAGGAAGAGGAGCAGAAGAGUCAGAUGAUGAAGGAGAAGAUGGAGGCUCUGAGCAGAGAGAUAGCAGCUCUUUCAGACACAGUCAGAGCCACAGAGGACGAGCUGAGAGCUGAAGACGUCUCAUUCCUCAACAACUACAAGGCUGCAGUGAAAAGAGUCCAGCAGCGCCCCCUGCUGGAGGAUCCACAGCUGCUCUCAGGAGCUCUGAUAGACGAGGCCAAACACCUGGGCAACCUGACCUUCAACAUCUGGAACAAGAUGAAGGACAUGGUCUCCUACACGCCUCUGAUUCUGGACCCAAACACUGCUCAUCCAAGACUCAUCCUGUCUAAAGAUCUAAUCAGUGUGAGACCAGGAGAGGAACAGCAGCUUCCUGAUAAUCCAGAGAGGUUUGAUAAUUACUGGUCUGUUCUGGGCUCUGAAGGAUUUAACUCAGGGACUCACAGCUGGGAUGUCGAUGUAGGAGACAGUUCAUUGUGGUCACUGGGUGUGUUAGCAGAGUCUGUCCAGAGGAAGGGAGACAUACGGUCUGGAUUAUGGGCAAUAGUUCUUUACGAUAAAUACUCAGCAUUGUCACCAUCAGCUCCAACCACUGAUCUCGUAGUUCAGAAGAAGCUCCAGAGGAUCAGAGUGAAUCUGGACUGGAACAGAGGAAAGCUGUCAAUCUCUGAUCUUGAUACUAACAAACACAUACACACCUUAAAACACACUUUCACUGAGAGUAUGUUUCCUUACUUUUACACUUCAGGUAAACUGAAGAUAUCACCACUGAAGGUCUGUGUGUCAAAAAGAAAGGUCUGAUAGAGACUUUAGUUUGAAGGUGGUGAUUAGUCAACAACUCUUCACUUCUUAAAAGUGAACAUGUGUCCAUCGAUUUAUGUAGAUUGUGUACAUGCACGAGAAAACAAAUAAUGACUUCAGUUUGAAUUUUAUUUAUCCUUGUUUGUCAGAUAUUUUUAGCAGCAAACAAUUACAGGAAAUAAAGGGAGAAAAAAAUAGUGUAGCUGAAUAAUGAGGGUUAACAUUCAGUGAAUUAAAACUGAAAAGUACAACCUGAGUCUCCAGAGCUGCUUUAACUUCCUGUCUGUUCAACUGCACUUCCUGCUUGAUUAUCAAAAAGAGACAAAACCAAGUAUGAAUCCGUGCUUUUAAGUUGCUCUCAAUGUUUCACACAGUUCUUACAACUAUUUACAGGGAGAUAGAAAUAGAAACAACCAGAUAAAAAUAAAUAUUUACCUAAAGUGUACAUACAAGGUGAAAAAAUAUACAGGAAUAUUAAUAUCUAUAAAAAGCAACAAUGAACAACUACAUACAAUGUAUACAUAUAAGUCAAGUUUUUCUGUAAAUUGUAAAUUUAUUGUACUUUAUUGUGACAUUUUAACAACACCUAAUUAAAAUGGCCGAUAUGUUUUACUUUGAAAACCAUCAACCUGAAUUUAAAUCUUUAAUAUUUUCAUAUUAAGUAACAUGACUUCAAAUAAUUAUUUAUAUGUGUUUGAUACAAAAACUUUAGUUGAACAUACGAUGCUACCAGUAAUAAUCAAUCAAUCAGACUUCUGCUGAUCAGGUUACGUUACGUGGAACAUGAGGAGAAUUUUAAAGUCGCAAUAGAGGAACAUAAGUUUAAUGUUUUAAUUUGAUGGUUUCCAAACUAAAGUAAUUACUCAUAUUUAAUCAUGUUUGUAAGAAUACAAUGAUUAUGAUCUUUCUUUGCUUCCAUAAUA